GGCCCGGGUGCGGCGCGCUGUUCGUGGCGGAGUCAUGGAUCGCAAUCCCUCGCCGCCGCCGCCGCGGAGUCGAGACGAUGGGGAGGAGGAGGAUGUGGCUGCGGGGGCAGACUGCAUAGGGAGCACGGUCUACAGCAAGCACUGGCUCUUCGGCGUCCUCAGCGGGCUCAUCCAGAUUGUUAGCCCUGGAAACACCAAAUCCAGCUCAGGUGAUGAGGAGCAGCAGAUGGAGCUUAAUGAAGAAAUGGAGAAUGAAAUUUGCAGAGUAUGGGAUAUGUCAAUGGAUGAGGAUGUGGCUUUAUUCCUCCAAGAAUUUAAUGCUCCUGAGAUAUUUAUGGGGAUACUGGCCAAAUCCAAGUGUCCUCGAUUAAGGGAAAUCUGUGUGGGAAUUUUAGGUAAUAUGGCCUGUUUCCAGGAGAUAUGUGUGUCCAUCAGCAGUGAUAAAAAUCUUGGGCAGGUGUUAUUGCACUGUUUGUAUGACUCAGACCCACCUACUCUGCUGGAAACAAGCAGGUUGUUGCUUACUUGCCUUUCCCAGACAGAAGUGGCCAGUGUCUGGGUUGAAAGGAUCCGGGAAUAUCCAGCUAUUUAUGACAGCAUUUGCUUCAUCAUGUCAAGUUCAACAAGUGUUGACUUGCUGGUGAAGGUGGGGGAGGUUGUGGACAAGCUCUUUGAUUUGGAUGAGAAACUAAUGUUGGAAUGGAUUAGAAAUGGGGCUGUUCAGCCUUUGGACCAACCCCAGGAAGAUUCUGAAGAGCAGCCAGUAUUUAGGAUUGUUCCUUGUGUACUUGAAGCUGCCAAACAAGUACGUUCUGAAAAUCCAGAAGGUCUUGAUGUUUACAUGCAUAUCUUACAGCUACUUACCACAGUGGAUGAUGGAAUUCAAGCAAUUGUACAGUGUCCUGACUCUGGAAAAGACACUUGGAAUUUACUUUUUGACUUGGUCUGCCAUGACUUCUGCCAGUCUGAUGAUCCACCCAUCAUACUUCAAGAACAGAAAACAGUGCUAGCCUCUGUUUUUUCAGUGUUGUCUGCCAUCUAUGCUUCACAAGCUGAACAAGAGUAUCUGAGGAUAGAAAAAGAUCUUCCUCUAAUUGACAGCCUGAUUCGGGUCUUACAAAAUAUGGAACAUUGUCAGAAGAAAGCAGAGAACUCUGCAGAGUCUAAUGCAGAAGAACAUAAAAACUCUGAUUUAACACAAGAUGAUUUACAUUUGAAAAUCUUAAAGGAUAUUUCAUGUGAAUUUCUCUCUAAUAUUUUUCAGGCAUUAACAAAGGAGACCGUGGCUCAGGGACUAAAGGAGGGCCAGUUCAGCAAACAGAAGUGUUCAUCUGCAUUUCAAAACCUUCUUCCUUUCUAUAGCCCUGUGGUGGAAGACUUUUUAAAAAUCCUGCAGGAGGUUGAUAAGGCCCUUGCUGAUGACCUGGAGGAAAGCUUCCCAAGUUUGAAGGGUCCGACUUAAAAACUGAAUUGAACUUUCUUCUGUACAACAAAUAAACUUUAUUUUCAUUACUAAUA